AUGUUCAAUGUGCUGAACGGCUCCGGGAAGGGAAGGGCUCGGGCCCUCGAGCACCGGAGAACGUUUUCCACGCUGGAUAAUCCCCCAGAAGAUACAAGGCUGCCAUUUCAGUUGAACAAGGCCGUGUCACUAGAGAAUCAAAAGAAAAUGGGCAGCACCGACUGGACAAUGAGGGCUGCACAAUGGGAUCCUACUCAACAAAUGGCCGUGGUAAAUAUCAUUCCCUUACCGAAGCCUGGGCCGAACCAAAUGCUUGUCAAGAUGGCUUCAGCCUCAUUAUGCCAUUCGGACUUGAUGUCGAUCAACAGACCCAACCUCACCGACCCGUCUGCAAUUGGCCAUGAAGGUGCUGGCUACGUUUACCAGCUGGCGAUCGCCGGGUUUGGGGAUUUUGGCUUCUUUCAAGAGUAUGCCGCUGUGGAUUUGCAGGAUAUUAUUCACUUGCCAGAGGCUCUGGAUCCAAAGAAAAGCUCGGCCAUUUUUUGCGCGGGUAUCACUGCUUUCCAUGCUGUCGACGCUUGCGAUUUGAAGAAGGCGCAAUGGCUUGCAGUUGUCGGAGCUGGGGGUCUGGGCCAGCUUGCUACACAAUACGCAAAGGCAAUGGGCUUCCAGGUGAUCUCGAUAGAUAUUAAUGACAAUGCACCCCAGGCCUGCGAGGAGCAAGGCGCAGAUUUCAUAAUCAACUCCACAUCACAAGCAAACGCAUACAUCGGAGAGGUGAAGAAUCUGACAAGCGGUGGUGUACAUGCUGCUGCUGUGUUCAGUGCGGCCACAGUCGCAUAUAAGGGGGCGCCAGCCUUGAUCCGGCCAGGUGGUGUUUUAAUGGUAGUCGGUAUUCCUGCUGACUCUCUUCAAGCUUCAGCUAUGGAUCUUGUCAUUGGAAAUUAUCGAAUCAGGGCUGAAAGUACCAGCAUUCCCCAGAGAAUGAAAAAAAAGCAGUGGAUUUCACAGCCAAGCAUCAAAUUUUACCCCAGGUGGAGGUAUUGCAAGACGGCCUAG